GCGACGCUGGAAGCGGGCCGGCUCGCCGGGAUCGACGUCAUCGACAUCGUCAACGAGCCCGUCGCCGCGGCGUUGGCGGAGCUGCACCACGCCGGGCGGCUCAACGAGAGCAUGAUCGAGGCGACGCCAUCGAACGUCGUCGUCUACGAUCUCGGCGGCGGCACUUUCGACGUCUCGGUGCUGCGGGUCGAGGGGCCCGAGAUCACGACGCUCGCGUCCGACGGCGACGUGCGGCUCGGCGGCCGCGACUUCGACCAGCGGAUCGUCGACUAUAUCUCCGAGCGAUUCCGCGACCGACACGGCCUCGACCCACGCAGCGAUUUCACGCUGGUGCAGAGGCUGUGGCGGCUGUGUGAGCGGGCCAAGCACGAGUUGACCGCCGCCGAGACAACAAGCGUCAACUGCUCGCUCGCCGGCAAGGAGAUGUCGAUCGGGCUGUCGCGAGCCGGCUUCGUCGGCCUGAUCGCGCCGCUGCUGGAGCGGACGCUCGCCACUUCGACCGAUGCGCUCGAGCAGGCGGGCCUUACUUGGGACCGUGUCGAUCAAAUCUUGUUGGUUGGCGGUUCGUCGCGUAUCCCGGCCGUCGCGCAGAUGGUCGAGGCUGAGACGGGCAUCAAGCCGACGCGGUCGCACGACCCCGACCUCGCCGUCGCCCGCGGCGCAGCGUUGUUCGCGGCGCUCGACCACGCGCCUUCGCUCUCACGGUUGACGGUUGUGAACGUCAACGCGCACAGCCUCGGCGUGGCGGGCGUCGAUCCCCGGACGGGGAUGGGAGUCAACCGCAUUAUCAUCCAGCGCAACUCGCGCCUUCCCGCGGCGAAGCGGCAGAAGUUCGUCACCAAGAAGGCGGGACAGAAGACCAUCAAGAUCAACAUCGUCGAAGGCGAAAACGAGAACCCCGACUACUGCGUGCCCGUCGGGGCGUGCGUGGCGACACUGUCGCCAAACUUGCCGGCGCAGACCGAGGUGAUCGUCACUUGCCGACUGGGGACCAACGGCACGCUCAGCGUGUCGUGCCUGGUGCCCGCGACCGACGAGGGCGCGCAUGUUGAGAUCCGCCGCGACGGGCUCUUGGAACUCGAGUCGCUGGACGUCUGGAAGAAUCGGCUGCUGGGCAGGAACCUCAACGAUCAAGCGGACGAGAAGAGCGGCUCGGUCGCCGAGUUGCCCUAUGCCCCGCCGGUUGAUAAGGACGAUGAAGAGGCGAUGGUCCGACGAGUCGAUUACCUCUGCCAAUCCGCCGCGGACCUCUACUCGGGGGAGUCGGUGUCACAACGCGCCGGCGCCGCUCGUGAUCAGUGGUUCGCGGCCGAGCAAGAGCACGGCGCGCUGGAGCAAAUCCUGUCAGAGGUGCUCCGCGAUCGACGACGAGAGACCGACCAGUCCGAACAAACGCGGCUUCAAGCCGCCGCCGCGGCGCUGCGGGUGCAGCUCCGCGAAGCGGAGAACCUGCUACGGUACUCGAAGGUGGCGUUCGGCGGCCUGUGCUUGGCGACGGAGAAGACGCUUCCCGACGCCGAAGAGAUGGCGGAUGAAUUUUGUGACUUGCGGGCGGCGCUUGAUGAAUAA